AUGCGCCUAGCCCAUGUGCAUAUCCCGCACCUGAUACCCUACGCACACUCGCUGCGCUUGCAGAAUGCGCUCGUGGAAAGACAAUUUGCGCAUAAGGACUGGCUCCGCCGCGCUGCCCAAAGAGGAGGGGAACCAACCUCGACUUCCGAACCUGAGAAGAGCAAUCAUGUCGUCCACAGCGACGCAGAGGCAUACAAGAACGGGAGAACCGAGCAUCACAGCACCGGCACCGGGCUGAGGUCGAGCUCGAGCUCGAGCGGACAUUCUCCCGACACAGACAGACGUCCAAUCGCAGAUGGAGAUCCAAGUCGAAAUCUAAAUCCCAAUCCCAGGAACGGUAACAGGUCACACACGUCCGACCGUGUCAGCAUUACUGGGCCCGGCUCUGCUCCCAACAACCUUACAUCAAGCUGGUUCGACCUUGAAUCCUCACCCCCAGAUCCAACCCUGCUAACAUUCUCCACCUUGCCAACCUACACCGUCGGCCGGCGUCAUCUACUCGCGAACCCGAUCUCCUCUGAACAACAAGCCUUCCUGACUGCCAACGGUCGCGCCACGUUCCACGCCUCGCCGCGGGGGGGCCUCCUGACCUACCACGCCCCAGGCCAGUUGACGGGGUAUAUUGUGGUAGAUCUGCGGCGCCAUGGCAUCACCGCGCGGUGCUGGGUGAGACUGCUCGAAGAGAGCGUGAUCCGGACCUGUGCGGCGUGGGGCGUGCCAACGACGCGGACGGACGACCCGGGUGUUUGGAUCAAAGAUCAACAGCCCUCGCAAGAAUUACCAGUCGCGGCUCAUCCUCUGAGCGACCGCAAAAUCUGCGCCAUUGGGGUCCAAGUCUCACGCGGCGUCACUGCACACGGAAUUGGCUUGAAUGUGUUCGACGCCGCGUUGCCAACAUCGACGGCCAAUGCCUACGACUUCACUCCAGCGCAGAAAAUGUCGGGCUCCUACUCGCCGUUAUCGAAAGGGUAUUUGUCCUGGGGAUUCAGCCGCAUCGUGGCGUGCGGGCUCGAAGGGAAGAGCGUGACGUGGCUGACGCGAGAACGAGGACGUGAUGUUAGGCCACAGCAGAGUUACGGACCUGGAUCUGCACCUGAACCCAACCAUCGUGAAGGUCCCAGUCACUCUCAAAAUCAAAGUCACGGCAGGAUGAUGGAGUCAGGGUCCUCUGAGACCCCGAUCCAACUGGAGAGCGUAGGAGAGGUCUUUGCCCAGGAACUCUGCCACGGCUUGAAUUCAAUGCGAGGAGCCGGCAAAGAGAGCGUGGACGGCGUGUAUCGGGUCCAAGAGGCGGACGUUCUAUCUUGGGAGAGGAAACCUUGA